AUGGAUAUAGUGGAUUCAGGAAGUACCUCCGAAGUGGAGGACCAAUCCAAGACAUGGGGAUCCGACGUACGGUCGCUGGUCCAGGGUAAUGAUGCGACCAACGCCCAUCCGCCCACUGAUUGCGGGAUCGGCCAUCGCGUGCUGGCUAGUCGCUCGGUCCUCGCUUUAGUUAUAGAUGAGGAGUGCGUCUUCGCUGGUCUUCAAGGCGGAGACAUUGUGGCCUGGUCGCUAGAGACCUAUGAAUUGGUUCUAUCAGUCCAUGCGCACAAAGAGAGCGUUCUGGGACUCUAUUUAUCCAAUGAUGGAACGCUACUAUUCUCUACUGGUGGCGACUCUAUGAUCAAUGUGUGGUCGACAAGAACAUUUGAACGACUCUAUCAGAUCUACCCCUUUCAUGAUGUGGGUGAUAUUUUUACGGUGGUAUAUUCCGCCAGUAACCGAACCAUCUACUGUGGUGCACAAAACACUAGCAUUCAGUGGUGUGAUCUAUCGGAAGAGAGCUCGGGCCUGAGUCAAACAUCAGCAGCCCACCCAUCGAAGAGAACUCAUCGUUUCUUUGACUCUAGAGGUCCGGAUGGAUCGCUCGCCCCACGAUCAUCCGAUGGGGCCCACGUGGUCCCCGACGGUGGUCGGGUAUUGACCUUCAAACGCGACCACCACAAGCUAUUUGCUCAUCAUGGUUAUGUCUAUACCAUGCUCUUGGUAAAGGGGCUCAUUGAGUCAGCCCCAUCAGAGGAAGCUUUGCUGACAGGUGCUGGUGACGGCGCCGUGAAACUAUGGCGUCUCGGCCAAGAACCCGGAGCAACACCCACUCAGAUCGCUAAGUUACAGAAUGGAGACUCUGUACUCUCCAUUGCUGUUGAGGGCUCAUUGCUCUACUGUGGUCUUGCAGGUGGCGCUUUGAACAUUUGGAACUUAGACUCUCAGCAACUCGUGAAGCGGAUUGUGUCCCACACUGGUGAUCUCUGGGCAGUCCAUGUGAUUCAAGGCGUUGCUAUCUGCGGUGACGCAACGGGAACAGUAAAGAAAUUCAACUCGCGCUUUGAAGAAGUCGGUGGAUGGGUUGCCCACGAAGGCACCAUGCUUGCAUCUGCGGCUGGCCGAGUCAAAGAUCGACAAAUCUACGCUACUGGUGGCAAUGACAACUCGGUUGGUAUUUGGGACUUGACAGAGUUCUUUUUGACUCAGGAGGAGCUGCCUCCUAUCAGCAACGAUGAAAUGGUGAACAGCCUUGCCAAGUUUGUUUCAUUCAAAACAAUCUCUUCAAGCCCGAAGUUCAAGGGUGAAUGCAACCAAGGCGCCGCUUUCCUCCGUCGUCACUGCAACUAUCUUGGAGCGAAGACCAAGCUUUUAACCACCGGCGACGACACCAAUCCUGUUGUCUAUGCUCGAUUCAACGCUACUUCAACGGAUAAAGUGGACAAGACAAUUCUCUUCUAUGGUCACUAUGAUGUUGUGGGAGCUGACACAAAUCGCCCCAAGUGGAAGUCGGACCCCUACCAACUUACUUCCAUCAAUGGAUUCCUCUAUGGUCGAGGUGUUUCCGACAACAAGGGUCCGAUUCUCGCCUCCCUAUAUGCCGCUGCCGAUCUUGCGCGAACAAAGUCACUCCGCUGCAACGUGGUGUUCAUCAUUGAGGGCGAAGAGGAAUCAGGAUCACAGGGAUUUCAUCAAACCGUGCGAGAGCAUAAGGACGAGAUUGGACCUGUAGACUGGAUUUUACUAGCCAACAGUUAUUGGUUGGAUGACUACAACCCAUGUCUGACAUAUGGUCUUCGCGGUGUCGUGCAUGCCAAUUUGGUUGUGUCAAGCGACUACCCUGACCUUCACAGUGGUAUUGACGGCAGUGCUUUACUUGAUGAACCUGUUAAGGAUCUGUCGUUAUUGGUCUCUACCUUGGCCGGUCGGAAAGGUCGCAUCAACCUGCCUGGCUUCCACGACACUGUCCGCCCUAUCACAGACGCCGAGCAGAAGAGAUUUGAAGCCAUCGCAGAUAUCCUGCUCCCUCAGCACCCGGAAAUCCAGAACCGACAAGCACUAGUUGAAUCCCUGAUGUAUCGCUGGCGCGAACCAUCUUUGACCAUCCACUCGAUAGAAGUACCGGGGAGCAAGAAUGCAACCACUACCAUCGCUGGACGCGCAAAGGCUAGCGUUUCCAUUCGUAUAGUCCCAGAUCAACAAGCGGAUGACGUCGCCGCAGACCUCACUGCCUUCGCACAGGAACAAUUUGCACUUCUAGAGUCACAGAACGAUCUUACCGUCGAGAUUACCGGAAAGUCAGACGCAUGGCUCGGUGACCCCGAUAACGAAAUCUUCGCCACCCUCUCCGAAGCAAUUUCUGCAGCAUGGACUCCAAACCAACAAGAAUCCAAGCACCAAUACCCACCUGUCAUCCAACACUCAAGCGGGCGCGGACCCUCAGCCACCAAGCUGUCAGCUACAUCCGGUCCUGUUCUCACUCGCAAGGACUCCUCAGACAGUCUAGCUUCACGCGUUGACCGCGUAAUCACUUCAACAACCACCUCAUCGGCAGGUAAAGCCGCUGCCCGCAAGCGAUCUUUGCAAUCUGCCACCGUCCCAACAUCAUCUACUCUCACUCGAACGGCUUCAACACCCGACAUUUCUUCCACUCUGCCAAUUAGAGCUAAAUCUGACUCCGAGCCAGAGGAACCAAGCUCAAGCAUCCCUCCUACGGAGACAUCCACCGUUGCAACCGUGAAGCCAAUUUUCAUCCGUGAAGGUGGGUCUAUCCCGACCAUUCGUUUUCUCGAGAAGGUCUUCUCAGCACCAGCUGCCAACUUGCCUUGUGGACAAGCUAGUGACAAUGCGCACUUGGACAAUGAGCGCAUGCGCGUGGAGAACCUAUAUAAGAGCAGAGAGAUCUUCCGAUACGUCUUUGCUCAUUUGGUUGACAAAACAUAA